AUGCAGAAUAACAUUUUGUGGAUCUUCGUCACCGCAGUGCUUGGGGUCUGCCACUGUGAUGAUUAUUAUGUCGAAGAUGGAGAUGAUAUUGCAGCGUCGAAAGAAGAAAGCAGAUGUGAGCUCCCACUAGAGGAAGAUGCCAGAGGCUGGGAGCUUGUAGAGGGAUGGUUCUACGACUCAACAAGGGACCAGUGUCGUCGUGUUCACUUUAGAAAUGAAGACUGGGAUAAGAAAAAAAACAGGUUUCGUAGUGAAUUCUUAUGCAGAAAAACAUGCAAAAGCCGUGUACCCUCAUACUGCUUUACAACGCCUGAAGAGCACGGGAGAAAGACGAGUUAUCCAAUGCUCACGUAUAACGCAAGUCUAGGAGAAUGCAAAAGCAUAUCGGCACCGAACGAUAAGCCUCAAACCAAUGUAUUUAGAAGUAGAAAAGAAUGUAAUAAAGUAUGUCGAGACCCAGAUCUCGGACAAUGUGGGCCAUCCGCUCAUAAAAAUUGCAGUAAUAAAAAGGAAGCCGGAUUCCGCUUUAACAUGGAGACUAGAAGAUGCGAAAGGGUUCACUGUGGUUCCUUUUCUUCCGAGCAAAAGUGCUAUGAACUUUGUGGAAAAUUCGUGCAGGUAAAAUGUAAGCUUCCCCGCAUUACAUCGCAAAUAUGUGAAUCUCAAGAAACGCGGUACUGGUACAACGAGACAUCGAAGAAAUGCGAAAAAAUGGACGGAUGCAGUGAUGAUACUAACAAUUUCAGGACUCCGCAAGAAUGCUGGAAAACAUGCUCCAAUGAAAGAGAAAGCCGCUGUCUGAAAGAGCCAGUGAAGGGAAGAUUUAGUAUAGGAUUGUCUCGGUAUUAUUAUGACCUGAAUCAAAAUGAGUGUAUAAAAACCACCCGGUUAGCCCUUUGGCGUAGAACCAGAGAUAAAAACAUUUUCAAGACCCAAGAAGGAUGUGAGAAAGCUUGCAAAGCGUAA